CUUCUCGUUUAUUGACGUCACGGGCGCAUGAAGUGGACAAGAUGGCGGCUGUGUUGGAUCGUAGCUUCAUAGAGAUCUGCGGAUUUGAGAGAGAAACUCUGCACAGGUUCCGAGAUGUGACCGUGAACCUCCCUGGUGUGAGCGCUCUUCCUGGUGGACAGAGGUUUCCUGACAGUGGGGGUGCGUUCCAUUAUGAAGAGAGUGGGAAGCUGCUGUCUGUCACCAGUAACAGAUUCAUUCACUGGUCUACUGCAGGUGACAGUGUUCAACUGGUGGAACAGUCUCUGGACACCAACCUGCUGAACAACGCCAUCAGGCUGCAGCUGAGUCACUGCAAAGUUCUACCUGGAGGAGUCGUGGUCCAGGAAACCCUCAGCAAUGUCAUCAUCCUGGUCUCCACCAAUCAGAGCGUCCACAGGCUGGUGCUGCCCCACCCCACCCGCAUGUACCGCAGUGAGCUGGUAACGGAGCACCACAUGCAGUCAAUCUUCACUGACGUGGGGAAGCUGAGUCUGCAUGAACCUUCUCACAGCGCCCUCAUCCCCAGCUCAGUGGGCCAGACUGGGAGUCCCAGCACCUCCACAGCCUGGCUCAGUGAGUCCGGGGAGGCCCACUACGCUUUGGCUUCACCUGCUGGAGGCAUCAGGGUGGUCUCUCUGCCCCCUCUCGGCACACAAGGCAGCGUGUCCGUGGUGGAGCUGAAAAGGAGCUCCAUGAUGCAGAGGUUGUCGGGCUGGAUGCCCUCAUCGAUCCGGGGGGAGCAGAGUCCAGCUGACCUGGCCCUCAGUCUGGCUGUCAAGGAGCUGGAGGAAGACACCUUCAUCUUUGCUCUCUGUCAGGACCACAAGCUGCGCAUGUGGUCCAUUAGGGAGCAGGCAUGUCUGCUGGAGACCGACAUGCUGGACUACAUGCCGUCGGGCAGAGGACUGAAGCGUCAGUCUGGCACGGGUCACCGUCUGAGGAUCUCGUCCUCGUUGUCCGGCCUCUGUGUCGGCGUCUACCUGUCCUUCCCUCAGAGAGGACAGUUCACCGUACUGCAGCUGGUCAUCACCGACAACAACCGCUACAGCCUCGACCACAUCUCCUCUUUGUUCACCACACAGGAGACUCUGGUGGACUUCUCUCUGACCUCCACAGACAUCUGGGCCGUCUGGGUGGACGAAUCCAACAACACUGUAGUCAAAUACAUAAACUUUGAACAUAACACAGCAGGUCAGUGGAAUCAAGUGUUUGUUCAGCCUGCACCCGAAGAAGAAGUCCUUAUUGGAGUGGACCAGGACCCCCGAGAGACAUACCUGGAUGUUAUCUUCUCCCCUCUACACUUCACUUCUUCGGCAAUAGUUAAAGCUCUACAGAUAUACCGUAGAGGCUCACAGAAGAUCAUUGAUCCGUCCUGGGACAAUCUGAAGAAAGAGGUGACCGUGGCCGUGGAGAGUGAGCUCCAGAGCAGUGUGACGGAGUUUGAGUUUUCUCAGGAGGAGUACCGGCGGCUCCAGGUGGACUUCUGGUCCAAGUUCUAUGCCUGCUGUCUGCAGUACCAGGAGGUCCAGUCUCUCCCUCUGGGUCUCACUGUGAGCCAGAACACAGGGCUGGUGUGCCUGUUGAAGAAGGGUUUAGUGUCGUUCCUCCUACCUUGUUUCGCUGUGGAUCAUCUCUACUUGUCUUAUGAUGAGUACUUGUUCUCAGAGGAGGAGACACCCAUAACCGAAGACCCUGAUCUCGGCCGAGACCUUCUGCAGCUGGUUCAGUGUCUGCGGCUGGUCAGUGAUGCGGUUUCUGGCGGUAUGGCGUAUGAGAUGGACAAAGCUCUGGAACACCUUGAGUCGCCUGAGAGAGCAGCUGAACUGGUUCUGGAGAACCUGCUCUCCAAUGACGAAAAGAAUGUUAUUGAGGACAUCCAGAACAAACUGCAGGACAUCCGGAACCCGAUGGCAGCUAUGAUGGUUCUGCUGAGGGAGCUGGACCUGGAGACGGAUUCAGACGUGGGGGUAGAUGGACUCGUCCUACCUGGUCUCAAUCUGAGGAUCAGCCUGUCUCAGCUGUUGGGAAGCAGCUCUGCAGUUUCUGUGGUCUGUCAGGCUGUGUGUCACUUGGCCAUGACCAGAACCCUGUUCUGUAGAGACCUGCUGAUCCUGCAGAAACUCUACCUGCGCUUUGGAGACAAUAUGUUUCUGGGCGGGGGGGCUCAGCUCCUGCAGCUCCAGCAGGACCUAAUCCCUCGGAGCUCCACCCUCCUCUCCUCUUAUUACCUCCUCAAACGCAUCAGUCAGAGCCUGGCCUCCUCUGUGCCCAUCGACAUCAUAGACGCUAACCUGCAGCACCUCACAGUGUUGGAGCUGUCAGACACACCGGCCCCCUCCGCCAACCGAUCAGUGCUGAGUCCUCAGACUGUGCUGGAGCUCUUCUAUCAGACUGCAGCCAGAAAGCUGAUCAUCUCUCAGAUUUACUCUCAGCAGCAGAGCAGCUCUGUUCUCCUCUGGAGUCACAUGAUCUCCAACGUGGUCAUCCUCCUGGCACAGCUGCUUUGGCCCAGUAACUCUGGUUUCCAGUUCCCAGAGUGCCUGAUGGCUAACUGUCAGUACACUCAGCUGCAGGAGUAUGUGCGUCUCAUUGGUCCCUGGUGUCAGGUGAACAUCGGCUCCUGCCGCUUCAUGCUGGGUCAGUGUUACCUGGCCAACGGGGAGGGGCAGAAGGCCUUGCAGUGUUUCCAGGAGGCAGCAACAGAGGUGGAGAAGGAGGAGUUCCUCAUAAGACUGACAGGCACCGAGGAGGAGGAGGCCGCCUCCACACCCAGAUUACAGUAUUACAACAAGGUGCUGCGCCUGCUGGAGGAUGUCUGUCUACCUGAGCUGGUCAUCCAGCUGGCCUCUCUGGCCAUCACGGAGGCCGUGAGCGACAUCAACAGUCAGGCGGCUCUUUGGACCAGAAUAUUCAAACAUCAUUUGGACCUUGGACACAACAGUGAAGCAUAUGAGGCCCUCACCCAGAACCCCGACAGCAGCAUGCAGCUGGAUUGUCUCCGUCAGCUGGUCGUAGUUCUUUGUGAACGUUCUCAGCUCCAAGACCUGGUCCAGUUCUCCUACGUCAACCUGCACGAUGAGGUCGUUGGUAUCAUUGAGUCUCGGGCCCGAGGUUUGGACCUUCUGGCUCAUAACUACUAUGAGCUGCUUUACGCCUUCCACAUCAACAGACACAACUUCAGGAAAGCGGGUUCGGUGAUGUUUGAGUUGGGGAUGCGUCUUGGUCGAGAGGUUCGGACUCGUCUGGGCCUCCAGAAGCAGGUCAACUGUUACCUGGCUGCUCUUAACUGUCUCCGACUCAUCAGACCAGAAUACGCCUGGAUAGUCCAGCCCGUCUCUGGAGCUAUGUACGAGAGACCAGGAGCUUCUCCAAAGAGGAACUCUGAUGGAGACUUUUCUUCUGAACCAGUCAAACGUCAGGUCGACAUCCUGGAACUCAAAGACCUGGAGAAGGAAUAUGUGGUGUCACGUAGCCGCCUGACCCUCGCCCAGCACCACCCGCCUUCUGCGGCCAUCGCUGGAAGUGCCUCGGCAGAGGAGAUGGUGACCCUGUUGGUCCAAACCGGUUUGUUUGACUCUGCUUUGUCCAUCUGUCAAACCUUCAAACUGAACCUGACUUCAGUGUUCGAGGGUCUGACCUUCAAGUGCAUUAAACUUCAGUUUGGGGGGGAGGAGACUCAAAACGAAGCCUGGAGCUGGUUGGCUGCUAAUCAGCUGUCUUCUGUCAACACCAAAGAGUCCAGUGCGACAGACGAGGCGUGGCAGCUGCUGGCCUCCUACCUGGACAAGUAUCCUUCUGCCAACGCACGCCACCACCGCUGUGUCAUCAGCAAGCUGCUGUCACACGGCGUGCCUCUGCCUGAUUGGCUCAUCAAGUCCUACAAGGAAGUGGAUGCUGCCUCUCUGCUGCGUCUCUACCUAAACUUUGACCUCCUGGAUGCUGCAGCCGAGCUGGUGUUGGAGUAUGUGGACGCUCUGCUAGGCAGAGGACACCAGUACUUUGGAAUAGAGAGACCUUUGUCGGCCACUUCCUCCUCCGUCUGGCUCCCGUACACCUCCAUCGAUCAGCUGCUGCAGACCCUGAACGAGACGCAGACCAACAGCAGCGUUUAUAACAAAGUCCGUGACAAACUGGAGAAUUAUCACAAACUGGUGGAGCAGACGACCAAACGGAGGCUGGUCACUCAGUGAAGAGUCCGGUCACAUGACUGCUUCGACAUGUCAGAUCAGCUAUUUGUGUUACGUUUUUUUUAUCAUCACAUUGUUCCUUCAGAAAGUUAAGUUUUGAUGAAAAUAAAGUGUUUUGGAAUGUGUUUGUCGCCAAUAAAUAUCCACUGCAUUCUGGAUGAGAAACUG